UUAUUGCGUUGGGUAUCAAAAAUCCCAAAUGUAGCUAAUUAUAGUUAUUUUUUAGACCAGCUGGGUAAGGCUGGAGAGACAUGGAGUGUCAGGCAGUCAGGCUUCAGCUGUUGACGUGUAAAAUAGACAAGACUGAGGGCUAAGUUGAACUUACACUUAUUUGUAGAGUUGAGGAGUGUACUACAUUAACAUUUAAUCAUUUUGAUUCAUGGACUUGGUGAAACCACUUGCUCUACGCUCAUGUUUAAAAUCAAAUAACACGCCGAGUUUGCGCUUUUUGAGCCAGAACUGCAGGCAAGAUCCUGAUAAGUGGGUGGAGAUAGAGUUGAGGAUAAAUAAAAUAUUCAUAGGUCCACAUAGAGUAAAUGAUGCAAAGGUGCUGAGUUGCAUCUGAGGCAUGAUUAGUCAUGAAUUGAUCUUUGUUGCAUGGGAAAAUACACACAACAAAAGGCUCAUUUGAGGGCUGGAGAUCGACUGUAAAGGAGAAAACUUUAUAUGUGCAAAAUCUCAUCUGUUUCUUUAAUUUUGUACAAGGCCAUUCAAAAUAUUCAGUCCAUUGAACAUAACAUUUAAGACCAUCAGAACAGUGACCAUGGUAGAUUUUAGUUGGACUUUGAGUUUACCAGCAGAGCUGUAUUUGUGAAGAGCCUGGCUUCACAGCUCAUCAUUGUGCAGUGAGAGCAGAAGGAGAAGGUAUGAGAGUGCAGGGGAUUUUGUUCAAGUAGAUUUUCAUUAUAAUAAACAAAGAGGAGACAUUUGAAAACAACUUAAUAUAAUUACCAGCUUAAAUAUGUAUGUGUUCUUGCUAAGCAACUAAAAUAUAACCUGAUCUGGUGGUUGUACCUGUUGAUAUUUUCAUCUUUAGCAAAGAAUAAAGAACAAAGUGUGGAUUUUUCAUUCAGUCAUAAACUGUGUAACAAAGGUCCCAAAAUGAGAGAGUCUACUCUGAAGCUCCUUAUCUGGCUGUCUUAGUCUGACCUACAGGGAUUAAAUCUGCUUCUGUGUCAGCCAGGCAAACAUGUCUGUUUCACUUGAAAUGUUGUGUUCCCCAGAGGUAACUGAUGCUCUUUCUAUACUGUACAUGUUUGUGGGUUCCUUCCAGGUACUACAUAUUGUUGUGCAAAAACAUGCAGGAUUGGGAUAAUAUUUUACUUUGAAUUGAUAAUUCAUUUUAAUCUGCUUAAUGACAGAGUAGCUGUGGAAUUAUCUUGAUUAAAUUCGAAAUAUGAAAAAAAAAAGUUUAUAUUGAUAGAGCAGAAAGACAAAUAACAGCAUGGAGUUGGUAGCAGAUGAAUGCAUUUCACAUCCGGUUCGUUGUGUGAUUCAUCCAAAUAUUGAAAUUAUUAAUGUGGGAAAAAGUAAAAAAAACUGCAAAACUAUAGCUUAUAAUAUUGCUAUUCAUGGUUGGUGGAUUUUAGUUAGAGUUUAGUUAGAGUUUCUGUCAAAAAUUCUCUGAAGUUGAAACACCCAGAAACCGGCCAAUGGUAUGUUAAGCUCAAGAUGCUUUGGUGAAAGGAAAAUCCUUUCCCACAGUGUGUGUAAAUGACAACGUAUGGUAUGUCUUCGUUUUAUUUCUAAUGUAACCACUAUGAACGCAAAUGUUGACACCUGUUUGGAAAUAAUAUAUUUUAAGGCAAUGACAGUUUUUCCCCCACAUUCCCACUUGGGAACUGUGAAAGAGGUAUUAAGAUGCUUCAGGUUGGCAUUCUGUUACUGACUGGACCUGUGAAGAUCAGGAAAAAGAAGAGGGCGAUGAAUGUACCCCAUUACCACCGAGAGAUGAAGGAGGUACUGUGGUUAUUGGAAACAGAGACAUUUGAGAGGAGGGGGUGAGGAGAUGCGAGACAGAGAAGGAUGUAGUGAACUUCUGUCCCAUGAAGAAUAGGAAAACUAUUCGUUUUCACGAGAUAUCCCGCAUGCAUCCAGAGGAAUGUCUGCUGCUCUGUCCUAAGGCUGCAUGUGGAAACCCCGCUGUUGUUGUUGCUGCUGUUGUUGUUGUUUUAGUUUUGUCAUAGUUGUGAAUCGAUGAGAAUCGGGAGGCAGAACAGCUGCAGGAAGAAGUGAGUUUCUCCGUCAAUUUUUACAUCAUCUCUUUAUUGGAGGGGAGACAGAGAGACAUGCAUAAAGAGAUACAGGAGAGAGGGAGAAAGAGUGAGGGGAGAUGGGGUAGUUCAAGUCAGCGAGAGAGAGAGAGAGGCGGAGGGAGAGGGGGAGGGAGCAAGAGGGAGAGAGAGAGAGAAUGAGAGACUCUGUGCAGCCAAUCUCCUCUCUGCCAGUUCUCAACUGCGAAGCCAGAGUCACAGACCGACGGGCAUCAUCAGCGCCUCCCUGCAGUUCAUUUCCCUCCCCGAGUCUCUCCUCACUCUCGCUGCUGUUCUGCUGACUUCACACCGGCUGUGAAGAUGCUGCGGCGCCGUCCUGUCCGCGGAAUGACGGUGCUUUUGCCGGUCACUCUGUGGAUUUUCUGCUUUGUCAACAUUGUCUACGGAGCUUUACCAACAUCCCUAAAGUGUGAUGAGGCUCUAGCCUCUUCGCUGCCUCACACAGCCUUCACCAGCUCAUCUGUUUUUUCCACUGGAUAUGCACCUGGGUACGCCAAGCUCAACAAGAGAGGAGGUGCUGGUGGUUGGUCCCCUCUUGACAGUGAUCAUUACCAGUGGCUACAGGUGGACCUUGGUACCAGGAAACAAGUGAGUGCCAUAGCAACACAGGGCCGCUACAGCAGCUCUGAUUGGACGACACGGUAUCGUCUCCUCUACAGUGACACAGGACGGAACUGGAAACCAUACCACCAAGACGGCAAUAUUUGGGCCUUCCCUGGCAACUCCAAUUCAGAGAGCUCAGUUCGCCAUGAGCUGCAGCAGGGAAUCGUGACACGUUUUCUGAGGCUUGUCCCACUGGACUGGAGCGAGGAGGGGCGGAUAGGGCUCCGCAUCGAGGUCUAUGGAUGCUCCUACUGGGCUGAUGUGAUCAACUUCGAUGGACAGGGUGUAAUUGCAUAUCGCUUUAAGAUGAAGAAGAUGAAGAUCAUCAAGGAUGUGAUUGCUCUGAGGUUUAAGACGUCAGAAAGCGACGGAGUGAUUCUCCACGGAGAAGGACAGCAGGGAGACUACAUUACACUGGAGCUGCACAGAGCCAAGCUGCUGCUGCAGAUAAACCUGGGCAGUAACCAGUAUGGCUCCAUCCUGGGUCACACCUCUGUGACCACUGGCAGCCUGUUGGACGACAACCAUUGGCACUCCGUGGUGAUUGAGCGCUACCGUCGCAAUGUCAACUUCACCUUGGACAGUCACACUCAACACUUUAGAACCAACGGGGAAUUUGACCAUCUGGAUUUGGACUAUGAGUUGAGUUUUGGAGAAAUGCCGUACAGUGGGAAGCCAGUUGGAGGAGGGAGGAAGAACUUUAAAGGAUGCAUGGAGAGCAUCACCUACAAUGGAGACAACAUCACAGACCUGGCACGCAGGAAGAAGCUUGACACCUCAAGCUUUCGCAACCUGUCCUUCGCCUGCGUGGAAACACACACCUUUCCCGUGUUUUUCAACGACACCAGCUUCCUCCAGCUGCCAGGUCGAGCCAGUCACCACACCAUAUCUGUUGGCUUCCAGUUUCGUACAUGGAACCCUGAUGGACUCCUCCUGUACAGUAACCUUGAUGACGGCACGCUCCGGAUCUUCCUGCAUGAUGGAAAAGUCAUCGUUCAUAUCAACGUAUCAAACGGGAUAAAACAUAACCAGGUGGACCUCUUGUCAGGUUCAGGUUUGAACGACGGACAGUGGCAUGCUGUACAGCUGGUUGCCAAGGAGAACUUUGCCAUGUUGAUGACAGAUGGGGACGAAGGCUCUGCUGUUCACUCUAACUUGCCUCUCAGCAUCACCACAGGGGGAACAUAUCACUUGGGAGGCUAUUUUCUACAGACGCUGUUUCCACCCUUGAAGCGUUCUUUUCAAGGCUGCAUGCAAGCAAUCCUGCUAGAUGACCAACCUGCUGACCUACACGCAGUGGAAAAAGGACUUGUGGGGGCGUUUGAAAAUGUCAGCCUGGACAUGUGUGCAAUUAUUGACAGGUGUAUGCCAAAUCACUGUGAGCAUGGAGGCAGGUGCACGCAAACAUGGGACAGUUUCAGCUGCACAUGUGACGGAACAGGAUACAAUGGAGCCACGUGUCACACGUCUAUCUAUGAACCUUCAUGUGAGGCCUAUAAACACUUGGGCAAGUCUUUUGACACCUACUGGAUUGACCCUGAUGGCAGCGGACCCCUUGGUCCCUUCAAAGUAAACUGCAACAUGACAGAGGACAAAGUGUGGACAACAGUUAUGAACAACCUACCGCCCAAAACACCAGUUACUGGCUCCAGUAGAGAGAGACGGACUGUCCUACAGGUCAACUACAGUGCCUCGAUGGAGCAGGUGACUGCCAUCACCACCAGUGCAGAAUACUGUGAGCAGCAAAUCAUCUACAGCUGUCAGAAGUCCAGGCUGCUAAACACUCCAGAUGGGACCCCGUACACAUGGUGGGUGGGCCGAGGCAGUGAGAAGCACUUCUACUGGGGAGGUUCAGGACCCGGCAUCCAAAAAUGUGCCUGUGGCAUCGACAGGAACUGCACUGACCCCAAGUACGACUGCAACUGUGACGCUGACCUCUCACAGNGGAGAGAAGAUUCUGGUCUGCUGGUUUAUAAAGAUGACCUGCCAGUCAGCCAGGUUGCCGUGGGCGACACCAACCGACCUGGAUCAUCAGCCAAACUGACUGUCGGGCCGCUCCACUGCCAGGGAGAUAAUAACUACUGGAAUGCCGCAUCCUUCACCACCCCGUCAUCCUACCUGCACUUCGCCACCUUUCAGGGUGAGACGAGCGCAGACAUCUCCUUCUAUUUCAAGACCAGCGCACCCUAUGGCGUCUUUCUGGAAAACCUCGGCAACACUGACUUCAUUCGCCUGGAGCUAAAAUCUCCCAAGGUGGUGUCUUUCUCCUUCGAUGUUGGAAACGGGCCUGUGGAGCUAACAGUGCAUUCAGCCAUGCCCCUCAAUGAUGACCAGUGGCAUCGCGUCAUGGCUGAGCGGAAUGUGAAGGAGGCCGUCCUCCAGCUGGAUCAGACCUACUGGGCCUCUCGACUUGCCCCCGCGCAGGGUCACACUCGGCUGGAGCUCUUCAGUCAGCUCUACGUGGGUGCUGCAGGAGGACAGAGAGGUUUCCUGGGAUGUAUCCGAGCCCUGCGGAUGAACGGAAUUACACUUGAUCUCGAAGAGCGGGCCAAGGUCACACCGGGGGUCAAGCCUGGCUGCCAAGGCCACUGCACCAGUUUUGGAAUGUACUGCAGGAAUGGAGGAAAGUGUGUGGAGAAGUACAAUGGAUACUUGUGUGACUGCAGUACAACGGCCUACGAUGGGCCAUUCUGCACCAGAGAUGUUGGGGGUUUCUUUGAGGCUGGUACUCUCAUUCAGUACAACUUCCUGCCGGAGGCAAUUGCAGGAGCCAGUCAGGACUCCAGGAUCCUGACACACCAGCUGACAUCACAUGAAGUGAAUCUGACCAAAGAGGAGGUCGCUUUAAGUUUCAGCACGUCCAGUUCCCCGGCUAUUCUGAUGUACAUCAGCUCCAAGACGCAGGAGUAUUUGGCAUUGGUGCUCAGGCAGAACGGUUCCCUGCAGGUGCGGUACAACCUAGGCGGUCUGCACGAGCCCUAUUCUAUUGAAGUGGAUCAGAGAAACCUGGCCAACGGGCAGCCUCAUAGCAUUAACAUGUCCCGUGUUAACAGAAGCAUCACCAUCCAGUUGGAUCACUACCCUCCGGUCAGCUACAGACUCCCAGAGGCCUCAGAUACACAGUUCAACCACGUCAAGACGCUGUUCCUGGGUAAAGUUUAUGAAACCGGAAACGUGGACCAGGUGCUCAUCGAACGCUACAACACCCCAGGCUUUGUCGGCUGCUUGUCGCGGGUACAGUUCAACGGCUUCGCACCGCUCAAGUCAGCGUUGAGAACAUCUUCCAGGUUGCAGGUCGCAGCAGGAGUCGGUCACAUAGACACACAGUCUGCAGUGACAUCACAGGUGUCGUACCACGGCAAGUUAGUGGAGUCCAACUGUGGGGCAUCACCGCUGACCAUCCCACCAAUGUCUGCUGCAACUGAUCCCUGGCGUCUGGAUAACACAGAUGCAGAGUUCCCUUUUAAUGAGGAGAGAGUGAUCCCUGAUGGAGUCAACAGGGACUCAGCCAUCAUCGGAGGUAUCAUCGCGGUGGUCAUCUUCACCAUCCUCUGUACCCUGGUGUUCCUGAUCCGCUACAUGUUUCGUCACAAAGGCACCUAUCACACCAACGAGGCCAAGGGCAGCGGCGAAUCGGCCGCAGAAUCGGCAGACACGGCCAUUAUCGGCACCGAUAACCCAGAGACUAUUGACGAGUCCAAAAAGGAGUGGUUCAUCUAACCGUGCCUGUGUGGAACACUGGGGGAGACGACGUGAUUUGAGUGACUAACAAUUUGCUGAGAGAGAGGAGGUUUUACUCAGUGACCAAUCACAGGUGCAGUGGAAGAGCCAGUCAGCAGGACAAUGGUCUCCUGGAGGAGGCGAGGACGUGGGGCUGACCUGUACAGAAAACUCUUUUCUUUUGGUUUUUGUUUGUUUGUUUGUUUUAUUUUUUAUAUAUCCAGAGUAUUAGAGAGAGGAGAAGUGGGGCACAGCUAUAAGAGACUCUCCAUGUAUAUACUAACCAGCUUGUCCUUCUUUGUAUCGUGCUUGGGAGUUUUCAGGAGUGCUUUGAAUACCGUAUAUGACACAUAAAUAUACUUAACUGGGUCAUGUGAUAGCGCAGAUUUCAAGCCCGACCUUGUUGCAUUUUAAUUUAGUUUUAUACAGAUACCUUGGACCAUACUUAAUGAAAUGAACAUGCCAAAUAUUCUUUUUUUUUUUUUUUUUUAGAUUUCUUCAGGACAAGUUUGUCUGUCGCCCUCAUAUCACUGAUGGUGGAGCUACGUAGGCCAUAACGCCAAAUGACAUGUGUAAAUAUGAUAUUUUAUGUUGGUGUUAUUUUCUUUAAGAUUUAUUCAGAGUCGUUAAAAUCAACACUAAUGAAUAAUUAAAAGAUCUAUAUUGCAUUUAUAUAAGUUUACCCAUGUUAUAUAUAAAUGUGUGUGUGAAGUACAGAGAUUUAUGUUUAUAUUUUAUGACAUUGGAUUGUAUGGGACACCUUUUUCUGAGCAGAGAGGGGUUUCUCGGUGCGUGAUGGGUAAACAUGACACACAUUUUUGGUUAGUGACACAAGGGUUCAUUUUUCACCUGUGAGUUUUAACAGUCAGUCUCCUGAGUUUCAUGUCGUCAGAUUGUUUUUCAUUGAAUAUAUUUCACUUCUAAUCUUUAAAUCUCAACAGUUACGUUGUCUGCAGUAUAGGUUUCCAUUCUUCCGAGGAUUUAAGGCCAGGAUGCAUGCCUUUUACCGUGUAAGUAGCUCUGAACAAAUACAAUCUCUCUCUUGACAAGUUCAAGAUUCAUUGAAGGUAAAAAUCCUAACUGGUUUACUCAUCCGUGAUGCCUUCAGGAUCUUGAACCCUUACAUUUUUCUCACAGUCUCACUCAGCGUAAGAAUUUAACAUGAGUUGUUUUUCCUAAAUUGUCAUAACCACAGACUUCAGAUUCUGAAUAAUAUUAUUUUCUUCCAAAUUUAUUUAAAAGAAAAGACAACUACUUUCUCUCACUGUUGAUUUACUUUAUUUGCAAUUGUUUAACCUGUGUUUCUCUCCUGUCGGUAUUUAUGGGCUUUUAUUACCACAACAUUUACAACUGUCAAUGUUUUACCAUCUGAAAACCAACUGUGGUCAAAUUAAGUUAAUUAUAUAUAAUAUACAAUUAUAGCUCAUAAUAUUUAUUAUUCAUGUCAAAUCCAAUUAGGUCUAAUAAUAGGACAGUGCUCUGUCUGGGAUGACUGGUGCAGCCAGUCCGCCUUCUCCUGUAGCCUCAAAGAAUACUUUCUUUCUCCUCACAUCAAUCCCUAAGGGCAAGUGAACCUACUUUUACUUUUUACAAUAGAAGUAUUAUUUGAUACCAUCAAACAAAGCCUCAACACGUGUUGGAUUCUCACCUCCAUCAAACAAAUCCAUAACCAAAAUGUUGACCUUUGACUUAUUGCGUUUAAUAAAGAGUGUUUGAUCUUUGUCUUUUUCUUCUUCUUUCUUUCCUGUUUCUACUUCCUUCCUGUUUGAAGGCAGUGGCCAUUACUUGGUGGCAAUAGUGCCUCCCCCUGGUCACUCUUCUUGGUUUCAGCAACAGCCAUUUAUGGCCUUUUACUGACUUUUAUUUUCCUUUCAAGGUGUUAUUACCUGACCUCUGUCGACUCUUUUAUAUCAGAGAAUGCCCUUUAAUAGUUAUACUGUCUUAAAACAUGCUUGGAGUUUAUUUAACCUGGGCAUUCUUGACGCUGUUCCUCGCCACAAACCAUUCUGGGUUAUAAUGCGUUAUGUUGUUGUAAGAAGAGAAAUGACAUUUAUUACUAAACUCCUUCUACUCCUACUGAAAUGUGCACAAAACGCAAUGCGUUUGACAGAACGAAAUAUUGCGUGUGCUCUGGCUUGACCCAGUGUUCUUAAAGCGAUUUGCAAAACAUCUGUUCCUCAACAUCUGUUGUCAAUGCGAUACGAGACAAAACAACACAGACGACUGAGUCAACAAUACACGUGUUCAAACUGUUUUCUAGAAAAAACAAUGUACGUAAUCAUAAGGCUCUCUCUUUUAUCAUGAGAGUGGGUCAGAGGGUUCUAAGAUGUAGUGUUUAAGGAUUCUCUUUUAAUAACGAAAACAUCUGAAAUUUUUAAUAUUUUAGAACCGUUUGACCUGAUGUUUGCCUUUGCAUGUUACUACUGGAAUCAGAGCAAACAUCACUUCACCAAAGUGAAGUGGAAUCUGUGGAAAUGUUUUCACUCUUAGUAACAGUUUAGAUUUGUUUUCUCCAACCUGAAAAAAAAACAUUUAAAAGACAUGUUGUGACCUGUGUGAACGGGGAAGUAGGAUUCACUUCCACAUCUAUUUAACCUAAGAGCAGCUUGUUUUCAGCUUUCACUCAUCUUAUUGGUCACGUUAAUGUGUGAUUCUCUAUUACCUCAUUUAACCACAACAUGUAACUUCAUCACAGUAUUACCAAGAUCUAAAAGUUAAGUUGUACUUCACAGAGCAGUCUGUUCACUUAUUUGUAAAUGUCAUUUUAUUAAAGGAAGAUUGACAGAAAGCAAUGAAAUGCAUUCACAAAAUUAUAUGUCAUGGUUAACAGUCAUGUUUAGAUUUUUAUUGUCUUGUGCUUUUAAUGAUCUUUGUUUCACUACAGGAACUGGCAAAAACUUCAAGUGUCACGUUAUUUGCUGAAGUUCCUCAGAAAUGACAUCCAACGCAGAGAAAAGUGGAACUGAGACUUUUA